CACUCCCACCACCACACUCUCUCUCCUCUCUCUCUCCCUCCCUCCCUCCCCCUCUCUCUCUCUAGCCCGACGUCGCCGGAGACGCUCCGCCGCCGGGAGCCGGCGCAAUCGGCCGCCGGGAUGACGUCGCUCCGCUGCAUCCUCGACAAACCCCUCAACCAGCUCACGGAGGACGACAUCUCGCAGCUCACCCGCGAGGAUUGCCGCAAAUUCCUCAAGGACAAAGGGAUGAGGAGGCCGUCGUGGAACAAAUCCCAGGCGAUCCAGCAGGUCAUCUCGCUCAAGGCGCUGCUCGAGGGCCCCGAGGACGACGAUUCCGGCGCCAGGACGCUGCGGAAGAUCGUCGUCUCGUCCGCGGAGAAUCCACCGCCGCGGGCUAACUCGAACUCGAACUCGCCCGACUCGGCGAAGGAGGUGAGCCCUGGCGCCAGCGUGUCGGAAUUCGCGGACGAGGCCGCGCCGUAUCGGCGGAAGGAUCCGCCGGAGCCGGCGCCGGCGCCUCAUGGAGAUGCGGCAGCUUCGGCUGGGGCCGACCAGGAGAGAAAUGCGGUUAGUCCCAGAAAUGUUGGUGCCGGAGAGGUUACACUGGGGCAAAUGACAAUUUUCUACUGUGGCAAGGUGAAUGUUUAUGACAGAGUGUCUCCUGACAAGGCAAGGACAAUCAUGCAACUUGCAUCUGGUCCAAUCCCUUUGCCGCUGGAUGAUUCAUCAAAUGGAAGUGCAGCAAUUUGGUCAUUCCCUUGUCACAUGCAGGCCAAUACUGACAACUUGUGUCUAUUACCUCCAAGAGCAAUGGUCUCUCAUACCACACAAACAGACAUGGAAGGUCAUAUGAAUCGAAGAGUUCGGCUGCAGAAGUACUUUGACAAGCGAAAGGACAGGGGGAGAUUUAAGUCAAGGAAAGAUGCCGGACCAGCCUCUUCAGGCUUGGAGAUGUUCUUGAUGAACCAAAUAAGGGUGCCUGUUCCAGAUGGACAAUUGAGUAAAAAUGCGAUAACCUGUGCACCACAACCUGGGAUGGCCCACGGCAAAAAUAGUCCCUAAUAUGGAGACAUUAUGUAAGGGGGUGGCCCCGGGAGCCGAUGAUGGUAGUUUCAUUGAGAUAAUAGCUAUACCACGAAUAAAUGGCAAAAUGACGGAACUGGUCUUACUGCAGUCAAGGUGUUCUUCGUCUGCGGACAUAUCUCUGCCCGUUCUCGUUAGAGAUCUCUAGAAGAGGACCAGCUUUGGAUCACUCGUCGUGGGAUCAAAUUUUGUAUAUUCUAGAAGCUUAAAUGUUUAUCUUCGAGGCUAUCUUGAUUAACGAUGCUGAGGUUAGGGAACCAAGAGAGCUUUCCCAUGCUCUCUCCCCCACUUAGAUGCCAUGAGGCACGGGAUAUGCGCUCCGCCAUCUGCUGGUAUCGGAAUAGCUGGGUAUGCUAGUGUAGGGUUUAGCUCAAUGAGUGUACUCCUUUUCUCACAAUUACUAAGUUGAGGGCUGUUGAGCUGUCGGAGCAAUUGUCAUGAAGCCGAAGAUGCCGAACAAAAAAGGCUAUUUCAUCGCUCAAAAUGGAAUCCUUUUGGACUCU